AUGACAGGGCUUGGGGUCCUCACGCUGCUGCUGCCUGUCCUGCUGGGCUGGGCCGGCUGCCACCCUGUCCCCGGGAAGAAGAACUUCAACAAGCUGCUGCUGAUCUCCUUCGAUGGCUUCCGCUGGAACUACGACCAGGAUGUGCACACCCCCAACAUGGACCGCCUGGCCCGGGAGGGCGUGAAGGCCAAGUACCUCACACCGCCCUUCGUGACAAUGACUUCCCCGUCUCACUUCACCACCAUCUCAGGUCGCUGGAUUGAAGAUCAUGGAGUCAUUCACAACAUGAUGUUUAACACAGAGACACUCUGGAAGUUCUCCUUUAAGACUACACAGAAUAAGACUGAAUGGUGGGACAAUGGUGUUCUCCCCCUCUGGAUCACAGCCCAGAGACAGGGGAGAAAGACAGCAUCAUUCCACUACCCUGGGGGAGGUGCAAAGUACAAAGGAGAGGCUGUCCAGCGGUCCCUGGUGGAGUCUUACACUCACCCAGACAGCAACGAGACAGAGUGGAGGGAGAACAUCGAUAUUGUCAUGAACUGGUUCACUAAGGAAGACUUUGACUUUGUGACUUUGUACUAUGGAGAACCAGAUAAUGUAGGACACAAAUUUGGGCCCGAGACGGAGAACAGAAGGGUGAUGAUUCAGCAAAUUGACAGAACCAUCGGAUACUUGAUGGAAGCCAUUGAGAGGCACAGCUUGACCAAGCACCUCAAUGUCAUCAUCACAUCAGACCAUGGCAUGACCACAGUUAAAAAGAAACCCAAUGUCACUGAGAUCCUCUUGUCAAACUACAUCAAGUUCAAGGACUUGGUCAAGUUUGAUAUCGUGGACUAUGGUGGCUUUGGGAUGAUCCUGCCCAAACCAGGGCAAGAAGAAGCUGUUUACCAAGCACUGAAGAAUGCACACCCUCACCUCAAUGUGUACAAGAAGGAGGAAUUCCCAGAACGCUUCCAUUUUGCUAAACACAAGCGGGUCCUGCCAAUUGUGAUGUACGCUGACUCUGGUUAUAACAUCAAUGGGCGAUUAAUAAUAUAUUUCAACAAAGGAGAUCAUGGCUUUGAUAAUGUCCACAUGGACAUGAAGACCAUAUUCAGAGCUUUUGGGCCAGAUUUCAAGAAGAAUCAUCUAGCGGAGCCUUUUGACAGCAUCCACAUCUACCCGCUCAUGUGUAAGCUCCUGGGGGUUACCCCUGAACCUCAUAACGGCUCCCUGGCAGUCACCCAGGAAAUGCUUGUGGACUCAUUCAAUGAGCAGCAGCCAGCACCUCGACCCCACGGGCGGCAGAGGCCUGAGGCUCCUACCCUCCGGCCUGGGGACGCGGCCCUGGAACGUGAGGGCCGUCAGGCUCACUGCCUCCCAGCAGUGCAACAGGGAGGGCGCUACGCUUCCGCCAAAAAGUGCCCCGUGAAGGCGCGGGAACAGCGAGAGUGA